UGGUAUUCCAUGAUUAUGUCACAUUCUUUUGUUUUUUCUUUUAUUUAUCUCCAAAACCACUAGACAUAGCCUCUGUUUUCUCCAAACCAUGUGUUUUUUUAUCUUGCUAGCUCCUGGUAUCUUGUUCCACUGAUCAAUCUUGGAAUGUCCAUAUAAAUAAGACCAACCAUCACUCCUUUUUUCUUCAUCAAUCAAUCAACAAACUCACUUUCAUAUUUACCAAACAACACUAUCUAUAUCUUAAUUUGAUAUCCAAAAAUCAUGAAUCGUGCAACAGCAACAAGCAAAGCCUGGAUGGUGGCUGCAAGUGUUGGAGUUGUGGAAGCUUUGAAAGAUCAAGCUGGUAUCUGUAGGUGGAACUAUGCUUUAAGACAAGCUCAACAACACCUUAAAAACCGUGCUAAAUCAAUGUCUCAAGCAAAGAAUUUCUCUUCUUCUUCAUUUCUUGCUACCAAAUUUAAGGAUGAGAAGAAGUCCAAACAAGCAGAGGAGUCUCUAAGGACUGUCAUGUACUUGAGCUGCUGGGGUCCUAAUUGAUUAAUUUGUAAAUAUAAUUAUUAUAUUACAUAGUGAUGUUAGAUUAGAUAAACUAUGUAAAGUUUGUAAUAUCAAACGGCAAUAUUAUUCAAUGAGGAAAGUUUAUUCUUCAUAUCUUUGUUUCUCA